AUUUUAUGUUAUUAAGUCUUGUUAGAAAUUUAGCGCAAUAUCUUGUUGAGUGUUGUGAAGUAUUUAAACAUUUCUUUUAGAUAACCUGACAAGAGUGGUAGUGUGCCAAAAAUAAUUAAAAAAAAUCCUUAACUUCAAAAAAAAAGUCAACUCAAUAAAGUAAUAUUAAUUUAAAGUGUAAUUUUUUAAGCCUGAUUUUUUAGAAACCAAAUAAGAGUUAAUUGUUCAUUUUUUACCAUACGUAAUAAUUUAUUUAGUUUCUGUUAAAAAUUAUUUACUACACCACUGUAAUAUAUUCAGCACAAUGCAAACAGUUAUCAAAAAUCCAAGUUGGUGGCGACGAAGAACAUCGCUUGAGAGAACAUUGACCUUAAUUAGCAUUGUUUGUUUGGUAGCUGUUUUUACGUUGAUCAUAACGUUGAUAGGUGUUAUCGUAAUUGAGCGAACAAGCAUUAAAAAACUAGAAAAUAUCAGAAAUUCAGCAGAAGCACUAGAUGGAUCACAGAUGAAAUCAGUAUUUGACAAGUCUUUCAGUGAUACUGAUAAAGUAAAGAACAACAGUAAACAUUAUGAAAAUAUAUGUUUAACUAGCGGUUGUGUGCAUUCAGCAUCUAAUAUGUUGAACCAAAUGAACACAAAUACCGAACCUUGUGAUGAUUUUUACGAUUUUGCCUGUGGAAAUUUUGUUAGAGAAACCAUUAUUCCAGACGAAAAAGUAUCUGUGAAUACAUUUUCAAUAAUUGGAGAUAAGUUACAAGAACAACUGCGAACAUUAGUGACUGACCCAAUUCUGGAAAAUGAUCCAGAACCAUUUAAAUUGGCAAAAAAAUUGUACAAAGCAUGCUACAAUAAAUCAAAUAUUGAAAAAAGAGGUACUGAACCUUUAAUUAAAAUUCACAAGUCUCUUGGUGGAUGGCCUGUCAUCGAAGGCGAUGAUUGGGAUGAGUCUAAAUGGAGUUGGACCAAAUCUGUAAAAGACUUCCGUGCUAGAGGAUACAGCGCAGAUUAUAUACUUGAUUUUUCGGUUGGAACUGACUUAAAGAAUUCAUCUAGAAGGAUAAUCGAUAUUGAUCAAGCAUCAAUAGGAAUCAGUAGAGAAUAUUUGAUUAAAGGUUGGAAUAAUACAAUUGUCCAGGCAUACUACAGUUAUUCAGUCGACAUGGCAGUCCUUUUUGGUGCUGAUAGAAAUCGAGCUGAAAAAGAAUUAAAACAAUCGGUCGAAUUUGAAAUGUCAUUAGCUAAUAUUUCUCUGGCUAAUGAAAAACGCCGUAAUGCCACUGCUUUAUAUAAUCCAAUGACUCUCAAGGAAGUACAAGAAAAAUAUAAUUAUGUUGAUUGGGUUCAAUACAUUAAUGUACUUUUGGAAGCAAUUGAUAUAAAAGUUGAUGACACUGAAGUAAUUAUAGUCAGUGUUCCGUCAUUUUUCGAAGGGUUAGGAAAACUUUUAAAACAGACACCUAAACGAACAAUUGCAAAUUACGUUUUGUGGCGUAUAACAGGAUUUUCUUCCUUUUUCUUGACUGAAAACUUACGAAAGAGACAACUACAAUAUAGCACUGUUAUCAGUGGUAAACAAGAACAAGAACCACGAUGGAAAGAAUGUGUUGAUAUUGUCACUGGUAGCUUACCAAUAUCCGUCGGUGCUCUUUACAUUCGAAAACAUUUCAAAGAAGAGUCCCGACAAGCAGCUAUGGAUAUGGUAAAUAAUAUUAAAGCAGAGUUUGAAAAAAUUCUUCAACGUGUAGAUUGGAUGGAUGAGAACACAAGAAAAUCAGGAUUAGAAAAGGUGAAAGCAAUGGCUACUCAUAUAGGUUAUCCUGUAGAAUUAACGCAAAAUGAUAAAUUAGAAGAAUAUUAUAAAAGUUUAGCAAUUGAUGAAAACGAAUACCUGGAAUCAGUAUUAAAAAUCAAUAUUUUUGGAACUAAUAAGGCUUUUCAAAAAUUAAGGAAACCCGUCAAUAAAACAGAAUGGAUAUCUCAUGCGAGACCUGCUAUUGUAAAUGCCUUUUAUUCGUCUAUUGAAAAUAGUAUCCAAUUCCCUGCCGGUAUUCUUCAAGGCCAAUUUUUUUCCGCUGAUCGGCCAAAGUACAUGAACUAUGGAGCUAUCGGAUUUGUAAUUGGACAUGAAAUUACUCACGGAUUUGACGAUCAAGGAAGACAGUUUGACAAAGAUGGAAAUUUAGUAGACUGGUGGAAUAAAGCUACAAAAUCCGCGUAUUUAGAAAAAGCAAAAUGUAUUAUUGAACAAUAUGGAAACUAUACUGAGCCUAGUGUCAAAAUGAAUUUAAAUGGCAUUAAUACUCAAGGUGAAAACAUUGCAGAUAAUGGUGGAAUUAAAGAAGCGUAUUUAGCAUAUAAAGAAUGGAUGGUACAUAAUGGACCAGAGCCGAAAUUGCCAGGUUUAAAUUAUACACCAGAGCAAAUGUUUUGGAUUGCUGCUGCUCAAACAUGGUGCAGUGUUUAUCGACCAGAAACUAUGAAAAUGCGUAUUACCACAGGAGUUCACUCCCCAGGACAGUUUAGAGUUUUGGGGCCUAUGAGUAACAUGGAAGAGUUUUCAAAAGAUUUCAGUUGUCCCUUAGGCUCUAAAAUGAACCCCAUUCACAAAUGCGUUGUUUGGUAAA